AUGGCUCGUUCGCGGGUAAUCUCGUUCAUGUCCUCUUUGGGUCCGUCCCGCAACAGCAACCAAGCCAACAAUCGCAAGCGCGAUUCCUCUGCUUCAUUUACGCUAGAGUCGUCAUCGCUGUCAACUGUGGGCACGACUUCCUCUGAUGCGCCAUCGCCGGUGGUCGAGGGUUCGCCGACAGGAGCUCCAUAUAGAGAGCGCCGUGGCUCUCGCCCGUCUUCAGCCGUUUUCUCGCACAAACCUCCGCAGUUAGAUGUCUCGGGGGAUACACCUGCUGAAAUUCAACCAAUUUUUGCUCUUUUGAACAGUCAUGCCAACAAAAUAUACCAAGAGGGAUAUUUUCUUAAGCUGAAUGAUUUGGAUACCCAUGGCCGGCCUUGUCCCGAUAGACAGUGGGUGGAGUGCUAUGCGCAACUGAUCGGAACUGUUCUGUCGCUAUGGAACGCCGCUGCGCUGGACGCAGCGCGAGAUGGGCAAGAGGUGCCUCCGACUUUCAUCAAUUUGGCUGAUGCCUCGAUCAAGACGAUCGAGACGCUGCCCGUUAAAAACCAACAAUCGCAGCCAUUGAAAAAUGUGUUGAGUCUCUGCUCUGCAGGCCAAAACCGAUAUCUCCUGCACUUCAACUCGUUCAAUUCGUUAGUCCAAUGGACCUCCGCAAUCCGAUUGGCUAUGUACGAGCACACGUCCCUCUACGAAGCGUAUACCGGUUCCAUUUUCGCAGGGAAAGGAAAAGGUCUCGCAAAUGCCAGUUCUAUCUUGCAACAGACGCGGUUCAAGCACGAAGACUGGGCUCGUGUGCGGUUUGGUGCUGGUACACCAUGGCGGCGUUGCUGGUUCGUCGUGUCACCGCCGGACGAGAAAGAAAUACAAAAGGCACGCAAGACGAUGAAGAGACGAUCCGCCUAUGAUCGGUCGCCCUCUACAGUUAAGGGAAACAUCAAAUUCUAUGAGUCAAAAAAGACCAAGAAGCAAAAGCCGAUUGCUACCGUCACUAAUGCCUACGCUGCCUACGCUAUCUAUCCCGAGUCUAUCCCAUUGAUUGAUCAGUCUACAUUGGUCAAAAUUGAAGGGCAUAUCACAAUUCAUGCAUCAUCCGAAUCGAGCACGGAAGGUUUUGUCUUUGUCAUGCCCGAAACACAUCCCGCGGUGUCUGGCUUUGAAACGAUGCUUCGCUUCCUGAUUCCCACGUUCGACACUUUCAAUCUCUACGGGCGUCCCAACCGUAUUAUUGCCGUCACAAACCACAUAAAAAGUAUUAUGUUUGCUUUCCCCAGAAAUCGUCGACAUGGUUAUCUGGACAGCCUGGACAUCGCAAAUUUGAUGCAGACUCCCGGUUGCCUGAACUGGAGUGAAACGGAAUGGAGGCAGCAGCUCAAGGAGGCGACCGCCCGUCGCAUGGCUGCUGGUGGUGGCGGCAGCAGAAGCAGCAGUAUCUCAAGCGAAAAGCCGCGCUUUAGGGCUAGCUUGCCCAAUCGACAGAGUACUAUGCCCGUUGGUGCAGCCCGCAUGUUUACUCCCCCUUCACAUUUCCAGCCAGCCUUGAAUCAAUCCGUGGAUAACAUCAUCCCCGAGAGGCCACGAGAAGAGCCCGAGUCGCCAAGCAACCAUUCCCGGGCCCAGUCAGACACUGUCGGACUGCAUGGUCCCCUCGAACGGCCUUCGCGAUUUCGCACAGACAUGUCUCCAGCAUCAUCGGUUUACCAUCUUGCGGAGGAUGGCAGUGAAAGGCCCGAGUCCAGCAACAACGACCGGAGUAUCUCAGACCACGGGCAGCAAGUUGACCCCCAAGCUGCAGCGGUUCGGGAGGAUCUCGUAUCUCCAUCCCCGCCGGCACCUGUGUCAAGCCCUCCUGCAUUUACUCAUGGACCGAACCAGACACCCUCAAUUCGACCACGCCCAUCAGUUGAUGCGAGAAAGGCUAACAAUCGCAUGUCCAAGGCCACUUUUGCGCAAAUGGCUGCUGCUAGUGGUGCCGGUCUAUCAGCCGGAAGCCCCACAACCAAGAGCACUGAGGACAUGCGUCAACAGAAUGUGUCCGCCAGUAACCCCUAUGCCUCUGAGCCUCGCGGUUUGGGUGUAUCUGAUGUGAACUGGCACGCCUCCAGCGAGGUUAUCGCGGCUCCGAAACUCGUUACGGUACCAUCACCAAUCACUAUCCGUUCGGCAGGCAGUACACCGUCGUCUGGAUCACCAUCUGCGCCAUCGUCAAUCAAGAACCGUUUGAGCUUGGAUACCACCAAAGCAAUCAAACGGAAACCCGUUGGUCAAUCGCAGAGAGCGCAGUUUGAUGUCACCAGUCCGGUGGUUAGCACCACGGGUGAGCCCAGUUAUGAUGAUUUACGGCACACUGUCGACGAGGAUGCACUGAAUCAGGUCGGGUUACUUCACGACCCCACACCAUCCCCGGCAAAGGAUAGCCAUCAUGAUGAAGAAAGUGUCUACGACACUGUGUAUGAUGACGCAUCCACGGUCUCUCCAGACUACGCGAGUACCCACGGAUCUGUUUACAGCAAGGCCUCAUCCGUCCGACGUCCUAGGAUGGGUGUGAAGAAGACAGUGGGGGGUGGCGAGCCAGAGAGAAACGUGGUUAUCGGUGAUGCUAAAUACACUGUUGAUCAACAACAAUCCAAGUCCAACCCGGAUAUCCCGAGCGUGGACUUUGGGCCUACCAUGACUUAUCUCCCCACGACUGGUCGCCCGAGCACAGCAGACACAUUGAAACAGUCUGGACACGAGCGUACCGGCUCCGACUCUACGGAGAGGCAGCGAAUCAAUGUCCCAACAUAUUCCUCCCAUUCGAGAAAUUCAAGUCGGGACGAACGUCGUCGCAGCAUCCCCUGGCAACCCGGAAUGUCAAAUGGACGCCCUACCACCCCUCUUGCGUACGGCCAGGGUCCCACUUCCCCGGUUCAUCCACGACCCCAGAAACCUCCAGUUUCACCCAACUGGAUGGCCCAUUCCACUUCCAACAUGCAUCUGGGACAAAACCAAUCCCAGCCUCGUUCCCGCGGCACCGGCGCCAUGAUGCCCCAGAAUAUCUCUCCCAACUUGUCCGCUCGCGAACAGGAGCACGUCGCACGCAUGACCGGAUCAGCCUUUUUUAACAUGUCCUCUUCAUCUCACCGACAACAACCACAAGCUGGCCCCAGAGGCCUCGUCGCGGAGAUUGAUGCUCGCGAACGCCAGAAGAAGGAUCUGAAGGAGGGCAUGUCCAACCACAUGGUACAGCACGCCAUUGCCCAACGUCAGCAGCACAUGCAAUACCAACCACAGCAUGCUUCGUACUACGGAGGUGAUGCUUACAAUGGCUACAACCUGCCCGCAGCUGGACAUAGCGUUGGUGCGCUGAACCAGGCAUACCGUACUGAUGAACCGCGACGGCAGACUUGGUACGGAAACAGGAUGCAGCAGACUGCACCGAUUUACUACAGCCAGGGUCCUGGGCAGUAUACCAACAUGCACUAA